GCCGUCUGACACUCGAUCGUGUUGGCGCGGCGGUGGAAGUGCCGUGAGCGUGAGGCAGUGGUCGGUCGCGUCUUUCACGGAAACGUGUACGCGCGCAGUGUUAUCCGUGCGUUCGCAUCGCCAGAUCAGGUGUACGACUUGUGACAGGUAGGAGGUAGCCGUUACUCUCGGACUCCCGCAAGUUCUUCGGCUGCCGCAGCGAUGGCAGCCCUCAAACGAAUCACCGGCCUGACCCACCGGGCGCUCGCGACGAUGACCACCUCGUCGCGAUCCUGGCUCCAGGAUCGCACCACGAGGAAGACCUACUUCACAUACGUCAACGAGCCGUCCAUGCCGAUCCCCGGCAAGGAACCCUGCUGGCUGAAAACCGCCGACGAGGCCAUCGAGAAGUCCGAACUCGACUCAGAUCAGGUGGUGUACGUUCAGGGCGCGGCGGCGACGCCUGUUGAAUUGUUGAGGGCGAUGACCGACUACGGUGUACGCUGCGAUGUGAGAAACGUUCGAUUGUGUCACAUGCAUCUCGAGGGUCCGGCUCCGUUCGCCAAGCCUGAAAACGCAAAACACUUCAGGUCCAUCAGUUUCUUCAUCGGCGGUAACGUGCGACCCGCGGUGAACGCCGGCACCGCCGACUGCAUUCCUAUUUUCCUGCACGAGAUCCCGCGCAUCUUCAACGAGGGUUAUAUGAAACCCGACAUCUCGCUCAUCCACGUGUCCCCGCCGGACGAGAAGGGUUACUGCUCGCUCGGCACCAGCGUAGACUGCGCCCGGGCCGCCAUCAGUCAUUCCAAACGUAUCGUAGCCUUAGUCAACAAGCACAUGCCCAGGACCUUCGGCGACGCUAUCGUCCAUAUGAGCCACUUGGACUUCGCCGUGGAACAUCAUCAGCCGCUGCCAGUUCAUGCGGUUCAUCCGAUCUCGAAGGCCGAGCAACAGAUUGGCAAGCACAUCGCCGAGAAUUUGGUGGUGGACGGCGCGACGUUGCAGCUGGGUAUCGGCAGCAUACCGGACGCCGUGCUGUCGGAACUGAAAAACCACAAGAACCUGGGUGUUCACAGCGAGAUGUUCAGCGACGGCGUGGUAGAUCUCGUCAACAAGGGCUGCAUCACGAACAAUGAGAAGAAGAUGCACCGCGGCCGGAUCGUCGGCUCGUUUUGCGUCGGUUCCGAAAAGCUUUACAACUUCAUGCACAACAAUCCUUUCAUAGAGAUGCUCGUGGUAGACUACGUCAACGAUCCCCGAAUAGUGGCAAAGCAACCGAAGAUGACGGCCAUCAACUCGUGCAUCGAAGUGGACAUCACCGGUCAGAUCUGCUCGGACAGUAUCGGUACGAGAAUGUACUCCGGUUUCGGCGGACAGAUGGACUUCAUCAUGGGCGCCGCGAUAAGCGAGGAUCGGCAGGGGAAACCGAUCAUAGCGCUUCAGUCGGUUACCGCGAAAGGCCGCAGCAAGAUACAACCGGUCCUAGCGUCUGGUGCCGGAGUGGUGACUAACAGAGCUGUAGUGCGGUACGUAGUGACCGAGCACGGAAUCGCCAGUCUCUUCGGCAAGAGUCUUCAGCAACGUGCCUACGAGCUGAUCCAGAUCGCUCAUCCGGAUCACAGAGAGGAGCUCGAAAAGGGGGCGUUCGAACGCUUGAAGAUGAUGCCCGCGCCGUAAAUCACGAGAGCAAUCACGCGAAAUAAUCUGAUAGCAUUUGACGGAAGUCUACGUGCUUUAGCGGUGUAUCAACGUUACAGAAUAUCUUUUCUCUUACGAUGCUCGCGCUCUCUCGCCGACUUCUAACACACUCAGCGGCACAUAAAGACUAUUAACACACCGCUGCACAACAGAAAUACAGACUAGAAUCUGUAUUUCUGUUGAAUUUCGUAAAGCUAUCUCGAAGCUUUAUUUCUGCGAGUCCUUUUUCGCGAUAUAAACGUUCUGGCAAACAAAUGGCGUUUAAUGCAGACAGAUAGAUGUAGGAUCGUAAAGAAAAGACAAUUUAUCGAGUCUCGUCCUAGAGCAAGAGAGAAAGAUAUCGAGUAACGCGCGCUAGAUCGAAAAUUUAACUUACUAAAAAUUACGUAAGACUUUGUAAUAUGAGAUAUCGCGAUCAUCAUCAUCACACAUACACACUUGUGUAUACAUAUAGUUUACACACAUAUAUGUAUACAUAGAUGUUACAUACAUAUGUACACAUAGAUUAAAGCACGUGUUUUAUAUCGAGAAGUGUUCGCGUUCGAACACUGUUAAGAGACAAAUAAAAAUAAAGUGGCCUCAACGCCAUUUCCAAGAUGUAAA